AUGGAGAACAAUUUGGUAGAAAUCUUCAAGGAAGACAAAUGCCUGUCGUCUUUAGUGGAAGAGUGUCUAUCCAACUCUUCUCUACCCGACACGCGCAACUUGACGCAUAACAACAGCGGCAGCUGGGCGCACGAGCCCAUGUCCCCAAUUAUACCAGUAAUCACGGCAUUCUAUUCCGUGGUUUUUGUCGUCGGACUGGUGGGCAACUGCCUCGUCAUGUACGUCAUUAUCAGGUACACCAAGAUGAAGACGGCCACUAACAUUUACAUCUUCAACCUGGCCCUGGCCGAUGCUUUGGUGACCACUACCAUGCCCUUCCAGCAUGCAGACUAUCUGCUCCACUCGUGGCCCUUUGGGGAGGUGGUGUGCAAGGUCUUCAUCUCCAUUGACUACUACAACAUGUUCACCAGCAUCCUCACCCUCACCAUGAUGAGCGUGGAUCGCUACGUGGCCGUGUGCCACCCGGUGAAGGCGCUGGACUUCCGCACCCCGCUCAAAGCCAAGGGCAUCAACGUGGGCAUUUGGGUGCUCUCUUCAGCCGCCGGGGUGCCCGCCAUGGUGCUCGGAGGUACCCAAACCAGUAAUGGCACCACGGAGUGUGCGCUGCAGUUCCCCGAGCCGUACGAGUACUGGGACAGGGUGAUGAAGCUGUGCGUGUUCGCGCUGGCCUUCGUGGCGCCCGUGCUCAUCAUCAGCGUCUGCUACUCGCUGAUGAUCCUGCGUCUGCGCAGCGUGCGCAUGCUGUCGGGCUCGCGGGAGAAGGACCGCAACCUGCGGCGCAUCACGCGCCUGGUCAUGGUGGUGGUGCUGGUGUUCGUGGUGUGCUGGAUGCCCAUCCACAUCUUCAUCCUGGUCAAGACUCUGACGGCGGUGCCCGAGACCACGCCCGUCAUGGCCGCCUACUUCUUCUGCGUGGCGCUGGGCUACACCAACAGCAGCCUCAACCCCGUGCUCUACGCCUUCCUGGACGAGAACUUCAAGCGCUGCUUCAAGGACUUCUGCUUCCCCGUGCGCGGGGGCCGGGGCAGGUCUGGGCGCCAGGCCAGGGGGAGCAGCAGGGCGGGGGAGCCCGGGGUGCGUCAGCUCGCCCGCCCCGCUGAGAGCCCACCGCGGACCGCCAAGCCGGCCUGA